CGGUGGGCCGGUAUCGGUGGAAACGAUCGAGACGAGCAUGUCCCGUCCUCUGGUCAUCCCGCGCUUCGCCGUGAGCGCGCAUCUCCAGCUGCCGAACGAAGAAUCACCGGCGGUCGCUACGCCAAGCAGCGCAGCGCCCGAGGCCGAGCUAUCGACCCCUAUGCUGCCGGCCGACGCACCCGACGACGGCGACGAGACGCUCGAGAUGCUCAAGACCUUGCGCCAGGACUACGCCACGUCCAAGUUGCACAUUCGCGCGCAACAGAAAAAGCUCGCGGACCUCCAGCGUUCGCAGCACUUGGCGCUCGAGGCCAUGACAUCGCAUUUUGCCAUGGUCACGCGGCAGCUCGAUGCGCAGCGCAACGAGCUGGACAAGCAGUUUGUCCGCAUCAGCCAGCGCCAAACGGCCCUCGACGCUCUUUUAUCCCGGAGGCAGCCACUUGCGGCGAAGCGUGCGGCGCCGGCGCAGAAGCGCAAACUCUUUCAUCACAAGCGCAUCAAGGCCGAGGAGGCGACGAUCGUGCUGCCCGUGCACGAGAGUCCACACGUGGCACACACGGACGUGACGUGGGACCUCGGGCGCUGCGGUCCGCUGAGCAUGAUCCGCAACCACCGGCGCACCGUCACCAUGACGGCGGCCGGUUGGAACGUCGUCAUUGGCGCGUCCGUCACGAGGCGCUUCUCGGUGCUUGUGACACUGCCAAAAAACAAGCACCACAACACGGUGGCCAUCGGGCUCACGCACGAGCCCGACUUUUGGCAAGACCCGAUCACGAACACGGCGCCCGUCUUCUUCUUCAACCACACGGGGUGGUACCUCAACGUGCGGAAAGGGUCGCUCUGCUCGCGCGACCACGACGACGCACCGUUUGCGUCCAAAAUCAAGUCGGGCGACGUAAUCACGUGCGUUUGGGACGCGGACGCGGGCUCGAUCCGGUUCCUCCGCAACGAGCUGGACCUUGGCGUGGCGUUCGAGGGCAUCUUUGGCUCGCACGACUGGCAGCUGUACCCCGCGCUCAUCUCGUACGACAAGAACAUCGAGGUGACGCUCCUCCACCCGACGACCGACGGCACGACGUCGCUGCCAUCGGCCUUGUAAAACCAACCUUG